AGCGAGUCAGCUUUAUUUGCACUGAACUAUACCAGUAGAAUAUUAAUAGUCACCAGAACAGACCAUUUAAUGAAGAGUUACAUGCCCUUUAAAACCUUCCCCUCCCUAUGAUUGCUUUGCCUCAAAAACACUCAGUGCAUACUCCCUCCCACCAGAACACAACAGAGGAGCACCAAUGCAUGGAAGACAAAUGAGGAUCUUCAUCUGCUAUGAAGGGUUUUGUGAGCAUUUUUACGUCUCUCCUGAUGAGACUGUAGACAACUUAAAGCAAAUGGUGAAGGAUAACUUUCUUGUGAAACUCUCUCAAAACGAGCUGGUCCGACAGUACCUGGAGCUGAACUAUGGUGGCGUAGCACUGCAGGAUAGCUGGGCUCUGUGUGACGUAGGAAUCACACGUGGAAGUACCAUUCGUUGCUUGAUAAAGAGUGAAACAAGGCCUGUGAUGCAUGUUUUCAAUACUGUGACAGGGGAAACUGUACCAAUUGUAGGAAAUGAAUGUGGGCUUCACGUGUCUGUGGCCAAACUGAAAACCAUGGUGUCGGUGCAAAGUAAUCUUCCAGUCAGCGCAUUCAGUCUCAGCACACCUGCUAGAGUUCAACUCUACGACUGCAAUUGGCUGAAGGACUAUGGCAUUAAAAUGGGUGCUGUUUUCCUUUUGGACACGUGGGAUGGGUGGGUGGAGUUCCUUCAGGGUUGCCUUCAAGGCAACAGACUGACCGUCCAGAGUCACCUCUCAGAGGAAGAAGCAGUAAUAGGGUUUCAGCUGCAGGUGGCACUGUACAUCGCUGCAUCUUUAGGCCAUCUAGACCUGGCAACCUGGCUGCUGGGAAUGGGGGUACCUGCUGAGGAACCAGUGGGAGUUCAUCCAUACCGCCAGUGGUGCCAACAGAGUGCCCACCAGGAUGCCAACAAGUGUCCCAUUCACGUAGCUGCAGAGAACAAUCAGCUCCUCAUCCUCAAACUCUUUAUCACUAAGAACCUGUUUAACUUGGCUAGGAGGGACCCUGCAGGCCGUGACCUUUUGAAAAUUGCCAUUGAGCAUGGUCACAGACAAUGUGCAUGCUACUUAGCCAACAAGCUAUUCUCAGUGGUAUCUGUGUUUGAUAUAUCUCUGCCCAUGCGUAUCUACCUCCAGAUGAAACGCUGGGUAAGUUUGGGGAAAAAAAAGAGAGCUGCAUCCAGUCAAUACCAAUACACUGGUGCAGCAUUCAAAGCCAGGUUGGGAAAUAAAAUACUGGUGGAUGGCUUCAACCAGCGAGGGUUGUCUUCUAAAUCCAAGGAAGUUGGGACCAAAUCAAGAUAUGGUUUGAAGGCCAAAGCUUUGCCACCUUUACCGCCCAUCAGUAAAUUACAAUCAAAAUCCUAUCUCCCCUCUGAAAGGACAACACAUGCUUUACCCAGCAUGCAGUUGGAGAAAGAGUUGCAGAAAAUUCAGUGUAUGAGGCGCAUAGAGAGUGGCCUGUUGGAUCAAAUCAAAGAUGGAAACAGCAAACUUUACCAAGGUGAAAUUGUUCACCCAUCACUCCUUAGAGAAAACAUUCCCAGGCCGUUUGCUGUUACAUCAGUAAAAUCCUUGCAUAAUCUGAAGUCUUCUUACCACUGGGGCCAAACUCGGAGAGAGAACGCUGCAUGCUGCUUGGCCAUAGCCAGCACCUUCACAGAGAAACCUUGGUUGAAGCAGCUGAACAUAGCACGCGCUCUGGUCAGGAAGCAUGCCCACUCAUGGAACCAUACUCAUGGAUCUGGAUACAAUCCACAUCUGCCACUCAUCAGUCCAGCUGCCAUGAAUCUCACGACUGCCUGACACACUCUCUGGAUGAUAAAGAUCUCUGACAUCUGAGAAAUGUAUCUCAGGCUUAUAGAAUUAACAUAAUUUUCAACCUCUGUGUACUCAGUCAAAUCUCUGACUCUGCCUGACAGAAAAUUAGACGGGGAUUAUGAACAUGUCAAAAAUGUUCUUUAGAUUUAAUGGUUCAUGAAAGCAAAUUUUUGUAAGACACAAGUCCAAGUAAGGACUUAGCCUGUAGAUACAAUUGCUUAACUUUGGAUAAAAUUCAAAGCUAAGAGCACAAAUGUUCUGUUUCUUCUAAUUAUUCAUGCAGCAAAGUAUCUGUUCUGAACACACUUUCAAUUUAGACUUCUAUCCCUACUGAGUACACAAAGAGAACCAGCACAUACAUGGUGAGAACAUGCAAACUUCACACAGGAAGUCCACACAAAAAGCUAUGGGUUGAACCAAGAACCUUCUUGCUUUGAGUUGUCCAAGAAGGCUUAUACAGUAAAAACAGCAUUGUACAACGAGUUCACUGAUGGCCAUGAAUUUCAAAAUGAUGAGAGCCACCAUGCACAACUUUGCCUAUACUUGAAAAUCUCUCUCUCUCUCUCUCUCUCUCUCUCUCUCUCUCUCUCUCUCUCUCUCUCUAUCUAUAUAUAUAUAUAUAACUCAGUUUAUGUGUCUUUAGGUGCUGUGAAACAAAUAUAGGCACACUGCAUC